AUGAGGCACGAAGCUCCGGUGCAGAUGGCCACUGCCCAGGACGCCCGGUCUGGCCAGAAGGACUCCUCGGACCAAAACUUUGAUUACAUGUUCAAGCUGCUCAUCAUUGGCAACAGCAGCGUGGGCAAGACCUCCUUCCUGUUCCGCUAUGCUGAUGACUCCUUCACAUCUGCCUUCGUCAGCACCGUGGGCAUCGACUUCAAAGUGAAGACCGUGUUCAAGAACGAGAAGAGAAUCAAGCUUCAGAUCUGGGACACGGCGGGCCAGGAGCGGUACCGGACCAUCACCACAGCCUACUACCGCGGGGCCAUGGGCUUCAUCCUGAUGUACGACAUCACCAACGGGGAGUCCUUCAACGCCGUGCAGGACUGGUCAACUCAAAUUAAAACCUACUCUUGGGAUAAUGCGCAGGUGAUCCUGGUGGGAAACAAGUGUGACAUGGAGGACGAGCGUGUCAUCUCGGUGGAGAGGGGCCGGCGAUUGGGAGAACAGCUUGGGUUCGAGUUCUUUGAAACCAGCGCCAAGGACAACAUUAACGUGAAGCAGACAUUCGAGCGCCUGGUGGAUGUCAUCUGCGACAAGAUGUCUGAGAGUCUGGACACCGAUCAGGCCGCCACCUCAGCAAAGCAGAGCGCGAGGCUGCAGGAGACGCCUCCCCCGCCGCAGCCCGGCUGUGGCUGCUAA